AGGCGGGUGGAAAGGAAAGAAAAUCGUGUUGUAGAGUUUAAUAAGGUAAGAAGGAUUAGGUAUAGCUGGCUGGCGGGAUAACCGGAGGUCAAACCUGAGGUAUACCGGCACCGGUUGCGCUCUCCUGUCAGCAGGCAGCAAAAGUAUCGGAAUGCAGCUCCGGCGAAGGAGAGUGAUCGGUUGGGAUUGGCUUUUGGCAUUAAUGCGAGCGUUUAAAUGAGCCAAUACUUUCUUCUUCUAUUUUUUUUCUUUAUUUAUUUAUUUUUGGAUGGGUUGAAGAAGAAGAUUAGCUGCCUGUGAUGCCAUAAAGAAGAAAAGUCUCCCUUCUCCCCCUCUCUCUUAUUUACUUCUUUAUUUAUUUAUUUAUUUUUAUUUCUUCUCUAUUGUCAGAAGAAGAAAAAAGAAAAGAAAAAGAAAAAGAAAUCAAAGCAUAGAUAGAGCGAGAGAGCGAGAGAGGGCGAAUCAAGAACAGAUCUGCUGCUGCUGCUGCUGCUCGACGAGAAAGUAGAGAUGAAAAAAAACAAGAGUCGUUGGAGUAAAGAGUUUGAAUGAUAGAUAGGUAGAACGAGAUUCUGCAAUGGAAUGGUCUGAGGAGACAAAUUCAAGAAAGAGGAGGAGACGGAGAAGAAGAUUAUUAUUAUUAUUAUUAUGAUGAUGAUGAUGAUGAUUCCUAUGAUAAUGACAAUGGCAGCUCGUCUCCACAAGGUUUCUCUUUCUCGCUCACUCACUACCUUUUCCCUUUCCCUUUCCCUCUUCUUCUUCUUUCUUCUUCUUCUUCUUCAGUCCUCAUUUGCUCAGCAGCAGCAGCAGCAGCCUCCUGUAAUCUCUUCUUCUAUCGAACUCUCUGCCCUUUAUUCCCUUCGUUCCUCCUUAGGCCUUAGGAGCAGAGACUGGCCUAGAAAGACCAAUCCUUGCUCCUCCUGGAUUGGCAUCAGCUGCCGAGCUGACGGUCGUGUCGUUGCCAUCAACCUCUCUAGCCUCCGCCGUACCCGCCUUGGCCGCCUCAACCCCGACUUCUCUGUUGACGCCCUCUCCAACCUUACCUUCCUUGACUCCUUCAAUUCCACCCGCUUCCCCCUCCCUGGUCCCAUCCCCUCCUGGUUUGGCAGUCAGUCCCUCCCAUCCCUCCGUGUCCUUGAUCUCCGAUCCUCCUCCAUUUCUUCUUCCAUCCCUUCCUCCCUUGGAACCUUGCCCAGCCUCACCCAUCUCUAUCUCUCCGGCAAUGCCCUCACCGGCAAUAUCCCCGAUUCCCUUGGUCAGCUCUCCAACCUCUCCGUCUUGGAUCUCUCCCAGAAUUCCCUUGUUGGACCUGUCCCUUCAACCCUUUCGUACCUCAGCUCUCUCGUACUCCUCAACCUCUCCGUCAACUUCCUCUCUGGCCCCAUCCCUUCCUCCAUUGGGGCCCUCUCCAACCUACGGUCCCUCGUGCUCUCCAACAACAGCCUCACUGGUUCAAUUCCCACCCAGAUCGGCAACCUCUCUCUCUUGAUUGAACUUGACCUCAGCUUCAAUUCCCUGAUGGGGGAGUUGCCCACCGAUUUGGGAGCACUGAGGAAUUUGCAGAGAAUGGCGCUUGGGAACAAUGCACUCACUGGUACAUUACCAGGGAAUUUCUUCUCCAGUCUUGCUUCGCUCCAGUUACUUGAUGUCUCCUACAACAACUUGACAGGCACCCUUCCAAACCUUACCUCGAAUGCAAAUGCUAGCACCAUCGCCACAGCCUCCUUCAAUCUUUCGCACAACCUGUUCUAUGGCUCUCUGCCUCCCCAGCUUUGGAGUUUCAGUUUUAUUGAUCUGUCCAAUAAUUAUUUUGAAGGCAGGGUUCCUGACUGGAAUGGUUUGAAUGCUUCUUAUAACGUCAACUGCCUGCAGAAUUCAUCUAAUCAGAGGAGCUUGAUUGACUGCACAUCAUUCUAUGCUGCAAGAGGCUUGAAUUUUGAUGGCUUUGGAGGCCCAAACACGACCCAACCCCCCACUCCAUCCACCCCCGGCCAUAAGAACAACCGACACUUGAAAUUCAUACUGGCAGGUGUCUUUGGGGGUCUUGGUUUUAUUGCCCUCUUGGUGUUGAUUGUAGUGCUGUGCAUGUGCCAGCGUGGAAGAGGCACAACCACCGAUCAGAGAGAAGUCAGUGCAGACACCAUUACCUCAGGAGGUGGUCUGGCACCCUUGGGGAUCUCCAUUAACUUUUCCAGCCUCGGAGAAGCCUUUACCUACGAGCAGCUGCUUCGAGCAACGGUGAAUUUUGGGGAUGUGAAUCUUAUCAAGCAUGGGCAUUCAGGGGAUCUCUAUCGAGGAAUCUUGGAUGGCGGGAUUCCAGUUGUUGUUAAGAGAAUCGACAUGCGUACAUUCAAGAAGGAUGCUUUUAUGGUAGAAUUAGAUAUGUUCAGCAAGGCUUCUCAUACCAGAUUGGUCCCAUUAUUGGGGCACUGUUUGGAGCAUGAAAAUGAGAAGCUCCUUGUUUACAAAUACAUGCCAAAUGGUGACCUAUCAAAUGCCUUGUACAAGAAAACCAGUCAGGAAGAUGAUGGCCUGCAGUCUCUUGAUUGGAUAACUAGGCUAAAAAUAGCAAUAGGAGCAGCCGAGGCUCUAACAUAUCUACAUCAUGAAUGUGCUCCACCCCUCGUUCACAGAGAUGUUCAAGCAAGCAGUAUUCUUCUUGAUGAUAAAUUUGAAGUGCGGCUUGGAAGCUUGAGUGAGGUUUGCCAUCAAGAAGGGGAUACUCACCAAAAUGUCAUCACCAGGUUGCUGCGGUUUGCACAGACCUCAGAACAUGGUCUUUCUGGCUCACCAUCAGCAACUUGUGCAUACGAUGUUUACUGCUUGGGAAAGGUGUUGCUCGAGCUGGUAACAGGUAAGCUGGGAAUCAGCGGGUCCAACGAUGCCAGCACGAAUGAAUGGUUGGAAUAUGUGCUGCCUUACAUAAAUGUAUAUGAGAGGGAAUUGGUGACAAAGAUUGUGGACCCCUCUCUCAUUGUGGACGAAGAUCUGUUAGAGGAGGUCUGGGCAAUGGCCGUUGUGGCAAAGUCAUGCCUGAACCCGAAACCUUCUAAACGUCCACUCACAAGAUACAUCCUCAAAGCAUUGGAGAACCCGCUGAAGGUGGUGAGGGAGGAGACUUCCAACUCGGCAAGACUGAGGACAACCUCAUCCAGAGGGUCUUGGAAUGCAGCCAUCUUUGGCAGUUGGCGCCAUAGUUCAUCCGACAUUGUGGCCAUCCCAGGUCCCAACAGGGAGGGGAGUAGUUUAAAACAGUCAGGAACAGUGGGUUCUCAGGGUAGUGGGCAAGGUGGUGGUGAGGUGUCAUCUUCCCACAAGAGGCUCUCCAAGGAGAUCUUCCCCGAACCAUCUGUUACAGAAGAUGUCGAGAGACCAGACGACGAUUAGAUGUGUUUGUGAUUCUUUUAGUAAUAAAGCAUGGUGGGCUCCCCAUUUGAGUGCCUGCUGCUUGCCAAUGAUUUCCCCCCCCUAAAAAAAAUAGGAAAAGUGGGCGACGGGGAAAAAAUGCAGGGGGUCUGGAGCCUGAUAAGCAAUGAUCCCAUUUGAACCAUUCUCAUCCUCCCUGUCUUCUCUGUGUCUGGGAAAGAAAUUCGUGGAAUUUUCCAACUGUUGUGAUGAUAUUUGGAGAUGGUACCCAUGUGCCAACUGACUUGAGAGUAAUUUGAGAGGUUUCCAAGGCAAGGCAGGGAGUCAUGCGGGGAAUGUGUGAUGCCACUGGAUUCUUAUUGUUUGCAGGUUGUUUUUUUAGAGAACAACAGGCUGCAAUUCUUUCUUCUUCUUCUUUUUUCUUCCUUUUAAUUUCUGUAAUUGAUCCUUGUGGGUCAUGUGUAAUGUAAAUUGCAGUGUUUGUCACAUCAAAAUUAAAAUGUUUUGGUCA